AUUAAAUUUGCCGCUUUCGAAUAAGGGACCGUAUACGACGCACUCAAUUGGCUCAUAUCAGGAUCCGAAGAACGAAGUUUCACGAUACUUCCGGCCUACCAUUUCUUUCAGCGUGAGUCGCUCUAUCGCUAAGGAUGGCACCUAGGUACGAAUUGGCUGUGGGCCUGAACAAGGGCCACAAAACUGCAAAAAUUCGUGUUGCUAAAAACAAAUCAGAAAAAGAGAAAACCGUUACCAUCCGCCCGGCUAGACUCAAGGGGCGUCAAACCAAGCACAGCAAAUUUGUGCGGGACUUGAUUCGUGAAGUAACCGGACAUGCUCCAUAUGAGAAGCGUGCUAUGGAAUUGCUGAAGGUCUCAAAAGAUAAGCGAGCUCUGAAGUUCCUGAAGAGGAGGUUGGGUACUCACAUCCGUGCUAAGAGGAAGCGUGAGGAACUUGGUAACAUUCUGGUCCAAAUGAGGAAGGCUGCUGCUCAUCAUUAAACAAUUUUUGUCUUGGAAAAACAAAAUACGUUAAAUCAAUAAACAGUUUUAACACCAA